AUGAAAGGCUUAUCCAACCACAUCUCGUUUGGCUUGCAUGUUUCCCUCAAUGCCCCCAACUUGGUGGACCUCAACGCUGAGACCCUGGAGGAGUACUUAACGAACCAAACUGGGCAUUUGAGUGGCAAUGGAGUCAGCCAGAUAUCCGCCCGACUGGCCAGUGCAUAUGCAGAACCAGACGAUCCAGACUUGGCUUUGUAUUUGAGUGGUUGGAAAAACACCUGCGCCUAUUCCGCGGAACCUGGAUUGCUUGCGGAUCCAGAUGAUCCAACAGAUAAUCGGAAGUUGCUGAUUUCAGUCACUUUGCUGCACCCACAGAGCACUGGCUAUGUGGGUUUGGCCUCCAACAAUCCUGCCGAUCCGCCUAGAAUAGUGGGCAACUACCUGAGUGCGCCGGAGGAUGUUAAAAUCAUCACCUCCGGCAUCCGGUUGAUGCAGAAGUUCAUCGAGGCGCCCGUUUUGAAGGAGAAAUACAACGCCUCCCAGGUUUGGAUGGACUAUGGAAGCUGUUCCCAACAGUUCGAAGUGGAUUCGGAUGAGUUUUGGGAGUGCGCCAUUCGCUACCAAACGCACAUUGUGGGACAUCAGUGCGCCACUUGCACCAUGGGUCCUGAUCCAGAAUUAGGCGCUUGCGUUAACCAGAACCUCCAGGUCCAUGGGGUUGCCAACCUGCGGAUAGCUGAUGCCUCAGCGAUGGUGCCACGCAUUUCUGGAAACACUCAGGCUAUAGUGGUUGCUAUCGCUGAACGCGCCAAUCAAUUUAUCAGGGAAAUGUAUCUGGAUCAGCAGCAUUAA